CCUGUCUGGAAAUCGUUUAUUAACAAAUAUUGCAACAUGAUAAUGUCUAUGUGUAACAACGUGUCUUGCGAUUAUUCACAAGUGAUUAUAAAUUGAGAGAUUACUAGCUUUCGGAAUCAAUAAAUGGAAAAUGAUUCGAGAUAACUAGACGUUAUAAUAUAUCGCUGUGAAAAUAGUCGGCCAUUUUUUAAUUCAUUUUGAUAUUUUUAUUUGUAUUUUAAGUUACGUCGUGGAUCAAGAUGUUAAUUAAUUUUACCUGUCUUUUACCUGUAUUGGCGCUGUUCAUUAUACCUGUAAAUGCGGCUAACGAAAAACAAGUCCGUUUAAUUGGUGGCUUUAAUGCCAAUGAAGGGGCCAUACAAGUGAACCGUAACGGUGUUUGGAAAUACCUUUGUGAUGUAACACCAUAUUUCCUGGAGUCACUAGCAGGAGAUUUAGUAUGUAAGGAGUUGGGUUAUAUAUCGGCUGGUAUCUCAAAUGUUAUGAUAGAUCAGUCAAUAGGAUAUUGGAAAUCCAACAUAACGUGUAGUCCAGACGAUGUUAGCUUGAUGGGGUGUAGUAAUACAGGAUGGUUAGAGACUGAAACAUGUGAAACAAAAUUGUUCACAACAAUAUAUUGUUUUAAAAAUGUUAAAUUUACAAAUAGAUAUAAUAGAGGAAGUAAUGGACAUGUAUCUGUCUACAAUGCUAUCCUGAAGGAAUACCAGACAGUUUGUCAGGAAGGUUUCACAGACGCAACAGCCCAGGUAUUUUGUAAAGAGUUUGGUUACAAGAGCGGGCGAAUAUCCUCUUCAUCUAGUAUCCGCAACGAUACGAUGAUGAACACAAUCUAUGAUUGUACUGGCAGUGAGUCUCUUCUUAGCGAUUGUCCAACAGUUCCAGCUUCAGCUAGUUGUACUAAUAGCUACCCUGUUGCUCAAGCCACAUGUGAGGGAGAUCUUACUAUAACCGAUAAAGUCAGCAGGAUGCCCAUUGGAUAUGGAGUUGUUAAAGUUUAUGAUGAUCAAGGCGAAACUAUGACUUUAUGUGCCGAUGGUUUUAAUGAAAACACCGCCAAAGUAGUGUGCCGGGAUAUGGGUUUUGGUGAAAACGGCGCUCUAUUUCCAUCGCCAUCCAAUUUGCACGAUAUUCGAACUGCUUAUAAAGACACCCUAAAGAAAUCGUUUAAUUGUGUUGGUACAGAAAGUAGAUUAAGAGAUUGUCCUUCCACUACAAAACAGUUUUGUCCAAAUGAAAUAGGAGCAUCUGUAUUAUGCCAACCUGAUUCUAACUCUACUGAAGAUGGAGUAACACGAAUUAAUAACUUCAAUGGUCCUAUAGAAUGGGGCGGCGUUGAAGUCAUGUAUCAUGGUAUCUGGGGGUCUAUCUGUGUAGAUCGGUGGGAUGAUAAUGCGGCUAAAGUUAUCUGUGGAACCACUUCAACACAUGCCAAGGCCAUAACUAGAUUCAUGAGUUUUAUUGACGUGACGUGGAUAUAUGAUGUUAAUUGUACUGGAAAGGAGAACAACCUAAAAUCCUGCCAGUUUUCAACAGAUGGAACCAAGUUUAACUGUAGUUCGGAUCAUCAAGCCAUCGCCUAUUGCUACAAUGAUACUUUUAAAUACUCUUUAUCUGGUGGUGGAUCUAACUACGGAUAUGUCCAGGUGAUGAAGGAUGGUAACACAGGUUAUGUAAUUGAUUCUAAUGGAGCAGAUCCAAAUAAUAUGGCUGAAGCUGCAUGUAAUAGUCUUGGUUUUCAUGGUGGUCUACCUUACCAGAUGGGUGAAACUUCUGCUACAUACUGGUGGGAUGUCUCUACUAAUCAGCAGUACCCUAGUUUCCCACGUCUUCAACCAGAGAAUGCAACGACAAAAACAUCACCAGUUCAACAGAAAUAUCUCUCUGUUUAUUGUCACGGAAAAGUGAAACUAGUUGGAAGUUACGGUAGUGUUCUAAAAAAGGGAGAUGUUGUACAGUACAAAUAUAACAAGUUCUAUGCCAUCUGUGCUGAUGGAAUUACAAAGACCGAAGGGGAUGCCGUAUGUCGACAGCUGGGAUUCCACCAAGCUGUGGGGGUUAAUGAGAGACCUUUUCCUAGUAUUACGCCGCUGGGGUUUCACGAUUUUAAAUGCCCCAAAGGUGCUAACUCUACAGCUGAUUGUACGUCACGAUUUACUGGUACUGGUGUUGGAUGUACGUCAGGAAAAGCUGUCGUUGAAUGUGGUGAUGGACCAACAGGUGGCUCAAAUGGGCGGAACAUACAAGUUUCUGUGAUAUUUGUUAUGAUGUGCCUUGUUCAGAUUGUUUUGAUGUAACUUCAACAGAUGCACGAAAGUUUAUAAUCAGUUUGUUUUGACCAAAUACCAACCAAAUAUUAAUAUUAAGUGGAUAUUUGUUGUAUCUUAAUGUAAAAUUAAGGGUCAUAGUUGGUUAUUUUAGUACUUGUGAUGAUAAUAUUCACAAUUCCUCCUUCAAGGAUUGUAAAUAGUUCAGCCAUAUUUUGAUUUAAGCUAAUAAUGGCUGAGCGAGAUUUGGCUUCGAACCACUCGGCAAACCUCAGCAGAUUCCAGUACCCUACAUCUAGCCUCGGAUGUAUGACGAAGUUCGCCAUUGGAACUACUUUCAAGUUUCCGGAUUACCAACGGCGUUGCCCAUGACGACGUCUUUGAAGAAUGUUUUAUCAUACAAAUAUUUCAGUCUGAAGCUGUUUUUCUUUGAAGGUUAUCCGAUUUUCUUCAAACAAGGACAACUUUGCACUGAAAUUCUACACACGCAUCGAACGACGCAAUUUUGAUAACUUCUUUUUAAAAGCGGCAAGUUUUCCUAAUAAGUAAACCGGUGCCGCAUCGCAAUUGUAUAGGCGUAGGUACAUAUCACUUACCGUCAUACAGCCGAGGCUAGAUGUAGAGUAACGGAAUCUGCCGAGGUUUGUCGAGUGGGCUUCGAACAACCUGUACGUGGUUGAAAUUAUUGCACACGUCUUGUCAAACUUUCAAAGGCUAAUAUCGUCGCUCGCAAUAGAGUAAUUUGAAUGAAAUUUUCAAAUUAUUCAUUUUACAUCAUCUAUUUUCGAACUAUUAUACCAAGAAUGGCUAGCUCUUUAUCUAAAUCUUACGUAAUGUAUCUUUAAAUGAUAUAUGUACGCCCUGAACUUUAUGUUACACGUUUAAAGAUGAAUUAGGUAAGAGUUUAAUCUUAUGGAUUCAAAUGUUAUAUAAACUAUUAUUUAAACAUGUAUCAACAUGCCAAGCCCAUGAUCAACUAUCUUAGCUACUCGGUGGCUCCGAUUUUGAAUUUUAAGUAGAUUAGAUAGGUGUGAUCAUUUGAUGAUUUAAUUUAAAAAAGGCGAGGCGAAUCUAUGUCUCUUAUAACCAUAAGCGUUGUUACGAUAAUGAAAAUUUAUGCCAUGUCAAAACUUCAAACAGUGAUAUGUUCGCUCACAAUAAUGUAAUUUGAAUGAAAUAUUCAAAAUAUUCAUUACCUAUUUUUGAACUAUUAUAGCAAGAAGGACCCGUUCGCUAUCUAAAUCUUACAUAAUGCUUCUUUAAAGAGCCAUUAUGGGAGAUUAAAUAAAGAACUGACGUUCUCGCUAUAAUAGUUAAAAACUAGAUAACGUAAAGAAAAUAUGCUGAAAAAAAUUCUGUCAAAUUAAACCCAGAUAUUAGCCUUUGAAUUUAAGGCUGGCCUCGAUCAUCAUUACUACGAUAAAAUUCAUAUCUAGAUUAAGUUAUUUGUCAUAAAAUGUAUUCCAAUCCGUUAAAUAUCACAGGAUAGUGAUGACAUCGAGAGUUGAAUAUAAUUUAAUCAAUAUCUAAUCAAUAAUUUAAAUAACAAUUCAGGCCUGAAGAUAGAGCUGUAAUAGGCAUGUUUGGCUCUUGCAUAAUGUAUGUUACCUAAAUAUGCUAUUUUUCUUCACUUAAAUAGUAGCCUACCAACACCGUAUUCUUCUACUAUCUGGAAUUUAAUAUUAUAUCCAUUUGAGAUUAUAUAGUGUACAGGUAAUCUAAUAAGCACACGUGGUCUGAAAGGAUUCGUGAUGCAAUUAAAUUGAAAUAAUUUGAUAGUGUACUUUGAAAUUAUGAUGAAAGUAAAUUUCACAGAAUUUUCUACACUUACUAUAUUAUUUUCUUUUGAUACUCAGAAAUGCAAAAAAAGAUUUGAUUACAAAUGUAAUGUAUUCGAUUAAGAUUAUAUUUUAUAUACCUGUAUAAAAUGAAGAUGGGGUUUUAAGUUGUAAACGUUGUGCCUUUGUGUCUUUAGAACAAUAACAUAUGUUUAAAUAAGACAUUGACCCCUACUACUUACUGUACUGUACAAUAUACUGUACAUUGGUGUAUAUAUGCCUUUAAUGACACUUUGCCACAUUUGGUGACAUCAAAUUGGCAUAUUUUGGAUGAUGUUUUGGUUUGGAUCUUGGACUCUAUACUAUAAGCAAAAUAAACAGUGGUUGGACAGGCGACCCUACUCCUUGCCACGUACAACCGGGGAUUCGAAACCACGCCAGUCGACUCUAUGACAGACUUUAUGAUACAGCGCGCGCACGCUAACCAUUCUGCCAUCCAACCCCCGUACGUAUCUUCGAUGUUUGAAAUCAACAUAUGUUUGAAAUCAACAUAUGAAGUAGUGAAUCUUUCAAUCAUAAUGUUUCCAUAUAUUAUAUCUGAAGCUCAUUUAACCUACAAUGUAUGUUGAACAUCAGUAAAUAAAGAUCGGUGAUCUGAUCUGGUCAUGAACAGGUUCAUUCAAGGGUAACUUUUAUGUUUUAACCACAUUUAUUUUUUAGUUUUUUAUUUUCUAAUUUUUAAGUAACUUUUAUGUUUUAGUUUUAGGCACAUUUUUUUUUAUUAUUUUCUUAUUUUUUAGUAACUUUUAUGAGUUAGCCACAUUCUUUAUGUAGUUGUUUUAUAUACAUGAACAUAAACCAUCCGUCUAUCAA